CAUAACCUAAAAUAAGUUUUCAAUACGGAUGGACGGCGUGGAUGUAGUCACAUACAUCACAGUGGGCCCCACAGUCAAGGGUCUAACCUAACUCAGCCCCUUUCUUGGCAGGAUAUGGUAUUGAAAUGCAAAUCUUUCGAACAUUCACCGAAUAAAUGCCUCCACUUCUCCACUCCCCAUUCACCCAUUCAAAAUACAGAGUCAUAGAAGAAGAGAUCUUCUCUCUCCUCUCCAUCUCUACCUCUUCCCAUCACAUCUUCCAAAUCCAAGCCCAACUCUUCACCCUCGGACUUCACCAAAAUAACUUUCUUGCCACUAAGCUACUCCAUCUCUGCUCUUCCACCUCUUCCAUCUCCCAUGCUUCCCUUCUCUUCCACCACAUCUCCAACCCAACCAUCAGCCUCUGGAAUGCCUUCAUCAGAUUCCUCUCUCAAAACAGUCUCCCCUUCCUUACCCUCCAAACCUACACCCAGAUGAAAAAUACCAUCAUCCCACCCGAUCAUUACACCUUCCCCUCCCUCAUCAAGUCCUGCGCCGCUCUCCCCUCAUCCCCGCCCAUCGGCCCUGCUGUCCAUGGCGAGAUCGUAAGGACUGGGUUCAACUCAGAUCGUUACGUAUGCAACGCGCUCAUUGAUAUGUACUCGAAACACGGGUUUCUUGAGAGUGCAGUCUACUUGUUCGAGACAAUGCCUGUGAAGGAUGUAGUCGCUUGGAACAGCAUGGUCGCGGGGUUUUUUAGAAGGGAGGAUGUGGAGAAGGGGAGGGACCUGUUUGAGCGAAUGCCCGAGCGUAAUGUGGUGAGUUGGAAUACCGUGGUCGCGGGUUACGCGCGGAAUGGGUGUGCAACUGAAGCGUUGGGGCUCUUUCGUAAGAUGCAGUUGGAAGGGGUUCAGCCAAACGAGGUGACGCUGGUCGGCGUACUGACAGCUUGUGCACAGGCUGGCGCUCUUGAAAUUGGGAAAUGGGUACACCGUUUCAUCAAGAGGAGCAGGAUCCGGAUGGAUAUUCAUUUGUAUAACUGCUUGAUUGAUAUGUAUGCAAAGGGAGGUAGCUUGAGAGAUGCACGCCAGGUUUUUGAUGGAAUGGGUGAGAGGAGUGUCGUGUCAUGGAACGCAAUGAUUGCCGGAUUUGCCAUGCACGGGUUCGGUGAGGAUGCAGUUUGGCUGUUUGAAGAGAUGGAGAGGGAAGGUGUCGAGCCUAAUGAUAUCACGUUCAUUGGUGUUCUCACUGCUUGCGCGUAUGCUGGCCUAAUCAGAGAAGGGCGCAGAUAUUUCAGUUGCAUGGCUGAAGAAUAUGGGAUUACACCUAAGGUAGAGCACUACGGGUGCAUGGUUGAUCUACUUGGUCGAGGUGGGUAUGUAAUUGAGGCUCAUGAGCUGAUAAAGAGCAUGCCUAUCUCCCCAGAUGCAGGUAUUUGGGGUGCUCUAAUGGGGGCUUGUCGAACUCAUGGCUACUUGGAGUUGGCGGAGCAUGCAUUGAUUUGCCUUCUUGAACUAGAACCAUGGAAUGCAGGGAACUAUGUCAUUCUCUCGAAUAUUUAUGCAGCCAGAGGCCGUUGGGAUGAUGUCGAAUGGUUGCGGAAGAAAAUGAGAGGAAGGAAUGUCCAAAAGACUCCAGGGUCAAGCUCCAUUGAAGUGGAGAGUUCAAUCCAUGAGUUUGUCGUAGGGGACAGGUCUCAUCCUCGCACAAAGGAGAUAUAUGACAAGUUGGAGGAGUUGGGAAUCCAGUUGAAGCAAGCAGGCUAUGUGCCCGACCUAAACUCGCUGUUGCACGUUGUAUGCGAGUAGGGAGCAGCUGCUCCAUGUGCAUUGCAAGAAGCUCACCAUUGCUUUUGAGUACAUCAGCACUAGCCUGAGGAUGCCAAUUAGAGCUGUCAAGAACUAGAGUGUUUGUGGAGAUCGCCAUGCCCACAACUAAGCUAAUAUCAAAGAUUGUCCAAAGGGAAAUAAUUGUUAGAGAUCGGAUCGGAUUUCACCAUUUGGAGGAUGGGACAUGUUCUUGUAAGGAUUAUUGGAGAUCCAGUCUCCUGAUACAACUAGGGAGCUGAAGGUGGAGGAGUUGGUUGAUACGCUGUCAUUGUAUGAUUCUCCAUAUGCAAUGUACGCAGCCAGUGAACUUCAGGCUUACAGAGGUUCCUCAAAUUGUACAAAUCAUUGGACCCCACUUAGGACGGUGUAUGAUCAGAAUAGAAUGCUUGGAUAAUCGUAAAUCUCUGAUUCAUGGAUUUUUUGUUGUUGAAUUUGGAUAUAUGGACUAUUUUCCAUUUUAGCCAUCCAGUGAUGGAAACCAAUCUAGCAGUGGGGCCCAUGAUUUGGUUGCCUUAUAUAUGUCUGCCAUGUAGAUGGUACGAUGCACAAGGGGCUCCUCAGUGAAACAAUUACUAGACAAUAAAAGAAAGAGGUGUUGUUAUAUGAUA